UCUUCUUCUUCUCUUUCUUUAUACGACACAAAAUCCAUCCAUACGAUCGAGCCAAAUAUUAAAGUCCACAGUCCAGCCAGGAACAGGAUUCAGUCAGCGAAUCAAAGAAGAAAGUAAGCAAAAAAUUGCAAAGUAAACAAAGGAGAGAAAGUCAGCAAAAAGGUGACAAUAACGUUGUCACUUUAUUUAUUGUGACAAUAUUUUCGAGAAAAGGGGUGAAAGUUGGGGAAAGUUUGUAUUAAUAAAUUUUACUGAAUGUGAAAGAGACUGAAAUUUUGGAAAAUGGAAGAUUUUCUUCAUGAAAAAUAGUAUUUUCGAGAUGGUGAAAGUUGGUGAAAGUUCGAAUUAGUAAAUUUUACUAAAUAUAAAAAGACUGAAAUUUCUGACGUGUAAAUAAAAUCCAAAAUUGAAAACCAUAUUUUGGGUGAAAGUUGAAGACAGUGACAUUUAAAAGAUCAUCCCAGAUUUUAAAGAAUGAACAUUGGCUUUCCACCUUUAAAGUGUAUCAAGCUAAAUAAACAAUUACAGAAAUAUUGAAAUAUUUGAAUGGCGUGAAAAUCCCUCAAAAUUUUGAUACAUAAAAAACUUUCCCAAAAUAUAUCAUCCUUCUCUUCGGAAAUCAAUAAAUAAAUUCUUUACUUUUUCAAGAUGAACUGAAUGCAGUAUUAAAUUAAAGAUAAAACCUGGUGACAUUUUUUUACUCAUACAGAAUAAUAUUUUCUUUCUGAAAGUUGGCAAAAGUUACACAUAUUUUAGGAAAAAGUUACUCUAAAUUCGGAAGAAAUCAAUAAACCAAUUAUCCUAAAUCUUAUAAUCUACUGUGCGGAAUUAAAUAAUACAAAAAUAUAUUCCUGGAGUGAAAAGCCCUCCAAAUUUUAAGAAAUAUAAUCCCUCUUCGGAAAUUAAAAAAAAUAAAUCACUUACUUUUUCAACAUGAACCGCACAGUAUUAAAAAAUGCAAAAUGAAAUUUGAAUCAAAGCCAACGAAUCUGUUUUUUACCUUUGAAAUAUACUGUGCGACCGAAAUUAAAUAAUCUAAAAAUAUUUUACUGGAGUGAAAAUCCGUCAAAAUCUUAAAAACUUUCAUACAAAAAUAUCACACUUCUUCGAAAAUCAAUCAAUAAAUUACUUACUUUUUCAUCAAUGAACCGAAUGAAUAAUGAACCGAUAACAGUAUUGAAAAGCUAAAAAAAUGGUGAAAUGUCAUCAAACCUAAUAAUCUAUAUUUUAGCUUUAAAACGUAUACUAAAAAAAUAUAUAAAUAUUUUAAUGGUGUAAAACCCCCUCAAAAACUAUUUCAAAAUUUUAAACCCUAAAAAGAACUUUCCUACACUAUCUUCAGAAAUCAGCCAAUAAUUUCCUAACUUUUUUAAACCAUGAAUCCUACCCAGUAUUAAAAAAAUCUAAAAAAAAAUGGUGACAUUUUCCGACGACGAGGACAACCCACCUCCACAUCGACGACCCUCUCUUCACAAUUUAGGCGGGGGGGAUUUGACCGGAAAUGAGAAUGUCGGGGGAGGACCUCCCCAAAUUUCGUCCAUGUUUUCUUACCUGUCCUCCAUUCGGGAGGAGCGGGAUCGUGAAAAUGCGUUAAAUCCGAACCAUCCUUCGGCCGGGGGAAGAAAUGGGAGGAGACUCGUGACCUCGUCGUCCUCCUUGUGGGGGGAAAGUGGGGUCGGAUUGGGGGGAGGAAUUGGGGGCUCGUUGCCGAGAUCGCUGUGGACAAAGUAUUGCCUCCUGUGCACCCUGUGCGGCUCAGCGGCGACCAUCUUGGCAGGAAUUUUCCUCAUUGUAGCGGCACUUUUCAGAUAUUAUACGACAUCGAUUAAUUACUUUGAGAGUGUGCCGACGUAUUUGCCGGCGAUUUUGUUAUCCAUUUGUGGCGUGAGCACGAUUGCUUUCUCCUGCAAGAGGAAUAGGAAUAUCAUCCUGCUCCGGAUAACCGCCUGCUGGUCGCUCUGCAGCGCCGCGCUCUCCUCCGUGAUCACCAUAACGACUUCGCUCAUCCACAUGAACCGUCUCCAAACCUUAAAAGAAUGCGUUUAUAGCCGAAACCCGCCCGCAUGUUCGUGCUACUCGAACGUGUAUCCGGUCCUCGUGGGUGGCCACCCGCUUUCCGGAAGUGGCGAAAUGGGCGACGGCUCCCACCACCACGCCGGCGUGACGACGUACGUCUUCGAAAACACGCCCGACUGCGAAGUCAUCCACGGAAUAUUGUACUCUUGUCUGCGUGCGGUUUUCGCCAUUUCGGUCGUCGCGGUUUUGCUAUCGAUCUUUCUGUGCAUGCUGUUGUACCAGCUGAUCGGACAUGAACGCAAGAAAGCGUAUUGGUCACGGAUUCGAAGGAUUAAUUCGGAUUGGAGCGCAGACUUUAUAGCUUGUUUAGCAAGACCCCUCCCCCGCGACCGUUCCAGCGUCCUCCCCCUCAUGAUGUCGUCCACCUCUCCGUCCCCGCACGGCGUUUCGGCGCCCCCGCUCGGCGGGCUUGGGUGGGGCCCACCCCCGCCCUAUGAAGAAGUCGCGUCCGAAAAUUCCCGUCCAUUUCUCCGCCAACCCCUCCGCCUCGUAACGUCCCAUUCCGAUAACUGCUUCACGACGCCAUGCCCGCACCCCUUCUCGCCCACGAUCGCGCUCGACCCGGCCGCCCUGCUGGGCGGGGGAUCCUCCCGCCGGGAAACCCACUCCACCGGAAACGUCGCCAUCUCGGCGGCGCCGACAGCGCCAAGCAUGUCGACGACGACAUCGCGGAACGUUUUGAGCAUGUCCAGCAUCACGAGUCUUUCUAUCCCGGAGUCUUUCACCAAUUCCAUGAUGACCAUUCCGGACGAGGACGUCGUCACGACGGCGUCCGUGUCGACGAGCACGCCAAUUUUGGCGUCGUCGUUGACGACGUGUAAAUCGAUCCAGAGUGACGACGCGUUUGCCGAUGAUCAAGAUGAAAUUCGCGCCACGGGGGUGGACGGGUCGCUCGAAAAUAUCGGGGCAUUAGUAGAUUUAGACGAGCAGAUUAGGCGGUUAGACGAAGAGUUAGCGAAACAUAGGGAAAUCGAUAAGCUGAAGGAUAAGGUAUUUUGUAGAAACGCGUCGCUCCCGUCGAGCCCGAUGGUGAGAGUGAAAAGGCUCAUAUUUCCGAAAACUAAACAGUUAUCGGCACAUAAUUUGAUGUCGUUCGGAAAUAUAAAUUGGGACGGGGCGGCGGGAAGGGAGAAAGUAUUUGAAAAUGAAAAUCAGAAUCCCGCCGGAGUUGUGGGAGGGACAACUGCGCGAGGAACAAGUCUUCCAAGUACGCCGAAUAAGGCGAAAUCUGCUUUAUUAUUAAGGGGUAGUGUGAACAGUAUUAUGAAUAAGGGCGGGAGUGUUCGAAACAAGAAGAAAUUGUCGUUGGAUGAGGAUAAGUUUUUGUUGUGGAAUAAUAAGUGAAAGUAAUUUUGAGGGAUGGUUAAUUAAUUAUGUAAUUAAAUAAAUAAUUUAUGUUAAGGCUGCCUGGGACACAGGCACAAAAAUAGUUUCUUAAAAAUAAUGUUUAGGGGUCAUUUUUGGACAGAAUGGAAAACGGAUCGGUAAUUCUGUGGAGAAACCCAAUCCCCACAGAAUUACGGAUCCGUUUUCCAUUCUGUCCAAAAAUGAGCCCUAAACAUCAUUUUUUAGAAAUUCCAUCUCCCAGGCACGGUUAAUUAGGUGAUGAGAAAGGACGCUGUAAUUUUUAGGAUAAACAACUGAUUUUUGAGACAAUCGAUGAAAUGGGAGAGUAGUUGAUAAUAUUUUUUUAGAUGAAGACUAAUUUUUUUGGGAAUUUUGCGCAGAAUUUGACAUAUUGUUAAUAAGUAAGACAAACUUUUGUUUGGAAUGGAUUAAAUGAACAGUUUAAAUUAA